CUUAUUUACAUAUAAAUGGCAUGCGAUGAUGGACUAUGUUUGGUUCAUCCGAUGGUUUGGCCCAAGUGACAUAUAUUCAACACAAUUGGGAGAGUUAGCGCAUCGAGUGGUCAAGAAAUUGUAUGGACUAGGUAAUAAGAAACGUGAUCCUAGACAAAUUGGUCGCCGGCUCAGACGUGUUGAAUGGGCAAAGCGCGCUUUUGACAGGCGAGGAAUACACACAAAGCGGCGUCGUCAGCAGGCAGUAGCGAAUAAGGACGACAGCAUCACCACUCACUAUCAUAUUGGGAAAUCGAAUAAGAAAAGAUUGGAUCUCAAGACUUACACCCAUAGCCGAGAUCCAGCAGCAAAGGGUUUUUGGACAAAGCUCCAGGAUCACAUUUUGGGCCGUUUGAUGCAGCAUGAAUUCGACGGCGACACACACGAAACUUUUACUGAUGACGAUCGCAAGCACAUACGGAUCAAGGACAGAAAAUUAGUCGAGCUACAGACACUCCGUGUCAACUAUACUACAUAUGACAUCCGCAGGGAUCAGGACACAAUUAAUCCUCGGAACCAUGCGGAUGUUAUGAUGCUUUCACCUGAAGAUGAGCCAGGUGCACAUCCAUAUUGGUAUGCAAGGGUGCUGCGCAUUUUCCGGGUACAGGUCAUUUCAACACAUCCGCUUGCGAGCACCGUUCUUUCAGGGCCACAAGAGAUGGAAAUCUUGUGGGUUCGAUGGCUCGGCGUUGAACCUGGGUAUCACUCUGGCUUUCAACGCGGCCGACUCCCAAAGGUCGGAUUUGUUGAUGAAGCAGAUCCGUUUGCUUUUGGAUUCCUUGCCCCAGCUCAUAUCAUUCGAGGGUGUCAUCUCAUGCCCUCUUUCAGUGAUGGACGUACGGCCGGUCUUCUACAGACAUCGGAACCAACGGCUGCUCGAAAAACAGAUGAGAUUGAUGACUGGCAGUUCUUCUAUGUCGGAAUUUUUGUGGAUCGCGACAUGUUCAUGCGAUAUUUUCCUGGUGGUGGGGUGGGUCAUACUGCGAAUCAAGGAUUCUUCCAGAGUACACCUGACAAUGCAGAGAACGAACCACGAGGUGAAGAGUCGGGAGAUGAAGAAGAUGAGCUUGAGUCUGAUUCUGAGAUGCAUCAGACCACCAUGCCUCCGAGUCAAGCUCAAGCAGAACAGCCUUUUGCAAUAGAUUCUGAUGAAAGUGUAGAUGGAGAAUCUUCCCAUGAUUCAGACGAGUCAUUCGAUAGUGACCCCGAAGGAGAUGAUGACUUAAAUGAAACUGACGUAGAUGACUGGCAGUGGGAUGAUGGAUAUGGGUCUGCUUAGCGU